UUUGUUGACUCUAACAAGUUAGAUCAGUAGAUAAAGCUUCCCAGAACAAUAACAUGCUCCCAAGAGUUUCUUUCUCCUAACUUUGAUGUAUCAUCUGUGAAGAGAUGUAGGCAUGAGUAUCUUGUGGAUGGAAAGAAAGUAGCUUUCCUUUUGGUUGUGGAUCCCACUCUCUUGAUGUCGUCGGCCAUUAUUUUAACUUUUUAAGUUAAUCUUCUCUCUUGAAACAACCAAGGGCCAGCUCAACAUUAGUUUGUAGAUUUAUGCUCUUGUCAACACAAGAACAAAAGCUUAUCUGUUGUUAGAGAUGGGGAAUACAGAGCUCAUCUUCAUCCCAACACCGACUGUUGGUCAUCUUGUUCCUUUCCUUGAGUUCGCUAGGCGUCUCAUUGACCAGGAUGAUGGGAUCCGUGUCACCGUCAUCCUGUUGAAGCUACAAGGUCAGUCUCAUCUGGAUACCUAUGUUAAGUCAAUUGGCUCGUCUCAGCCCUUUGUUAGAUUCAUUGAUGUCCCUGAGUUAGUAGAGAAACCAUCAUUUGGUAGUUUUCAGUCUGUGGAAGCCUUUGUGUACGAUUUCAUCGAGAGAAACAUCCCUCUUGUGAGAGAUAUAGUCAUGGGUAUCUUAUCUUCUCCUGGAGUCUCGGUGAAAGGGAUAGUUGCUGAUUUCUUCUGUCUCCCCAUGAUUGACAUUACAAAAGAUGUAAAUCUUCCUUUUUAUGUCUUCUUGACUUCAAACUCCGGGUUCCUAGCUAUGAUGCAGUAUCUAGCAGACCGACAUAGUAAAGACACAUCGGUUUUUGUAAGAGAUUCUGGAGAAAUGUUGUCGAUUCCUGGGUUUGUAAACCCUGUUCCAGCCAACGUUCUACCGUCAGCUCUGUUUAUUGAAGAUGGUUAUGAUGCUUAUGUUAAACUGGCGAUUUUGUUUAGCAAGGCCAAGGGGAUCCUAGUGAAUAGCUCCUUUGAUCUUGAGCCUAUCUCUCUGAACCAUUUUCUUAAUGAACAGGACUACCCUUCUGUUUAUGCCGUUGGCCCCAUAUUUAACCCCAAGGCCCAGCCUCAUCCAGAACAGGACAUGGCCCGUCGUGACGAGUUGAUGAAAUGGCUUGGUGAUCAGCCAGAGGGGUCAGUUGUGUUUCUUUGUUUUGGGAGUAUGGGCAGGCUAAGAGGUGAUCAAGUGAAGGAGAUAGCACGUGGACUUGAGCUUUGUCAGUGCAGAUUCCUCUGGUCACUCCGCACUGAAGAGGUGGCAAAUGAAGAUCCUUUGCCCGAGGGAUUCCUUGACCGUGUCAGGGGACGAGGAGUGAUAUGUGGUUGGUCUCCUCAGGUGGAAAUACUAUCCCACAAGGCAGUGGGAAGUUUUGUUUCUCACUGUGGAUGGAACUCAAUAGUAGAGAGUUUAUGGUUUGGUGUGCCAAUUGUGACGUGGCCCAUGUAUGCAGAGCAACAGCUCAAUGCGUUUAUGAUGGUGAAGGAGCUGAAGCUCGCGGUGGAGAUGAAGCUUGAUUACAGGGUACUUGUUGAUGAGCUUGUAAGUGCAAACGAGAUAGAGAGAGCGAUUCGGUGUGUGAUGAUGAACAAGGAUGAUAAUUUGGUGACGAAGAGAGUGAUAGAUGUCUCUCAGAUGGUGCGGAAAGCUACCUUGAAUGGUGGUGGAUCUUCGUAUACGGCUACUGCCAAAUUUAUACAGGACGUGACAGGAAUCAAGCCUUAGCCUUUUUCUUUGUCCAGAAGACACAACUGCAACCAUUUCUUUCGUGCAUUUUCUUUCCCGAAUUCUAUAAAGAUGUGUAUUCUUUCGUGAACUGAAUAUAUAUAUUUUUUUAAAUCU